GUAUGAGACUAGAAGGAGGAGGUCAAAUGUGUUGCUAGGUUUUGGAAGCGUGAGGUUAGCUGUUAGACAGGUGAGAUAUUGGACUUGGUACGUUGGACUAACUCGAUAUUAUAAAGACUGCAUUAGAUUCACAUCCGGUGUGAAUACCUACGAAUUGUUAUUGUUUCUAUUCCAUUGUGCCUCGUAUUGAUCCCGGCUCACUCGAUCACAGCUGGCCGUAGUGCUGUAAGUUAGCUCUCUGCUCAGACAUUAGCAAAAGCGACAGAGUUAGUUAGAUGGGACAGAACUAAACCUUUAUUUGUUUAGUAUGAUGCCUCUCAGUGGUCCGUCUCAGUGGAUCGUUGGGUACUUCGUGUUUCGACGUUUUUCUAGCAGCGCUGUUAUCUAAACCCUGCUCUUUGAACCCGGUCAUCAUGUUUCACACCAUGCCCAGGCGGCCCAUGUGUGAAAUGGGAAUAAAAGCAGUGAGGCUUCAACGUACUUGUGCACUUAGAACGAAUGCGAGCCAGGAGCAUGCGAGUCCCGCCGGUACCGUGUGGCUGGGCCGAGGCCUGGGUCUGCUGCUGACAUGUCUGCAGAGAGCUGGGCUCUGUGUGCGGGAGGUCUCCCGCCCAGGCAGGAAGAAGCAAGGCCUGCUGUCCCUAUUUGCCAAUCACUGUAGCUUUGUAACGGGUCAGAGGCUCAGACGGGCUUAUCAGAUCGGCGAGCUUUACUCGAACCUGUACUCCGAGCGGACCAGGUGGACCCUUGUAGGCAACAUAUGGCGGCGGUUUCAGAACAAGCAGGCCCCAGUGGGGAGGCUCGUAGCCGCCCUGGCCGGGGUCUUCAUGUGGGAGAACGAGAAGAUCGAGGAUGAGGAAAUCACCAGGUGUGGGCUCGAGCUGCGAUCCCUCGACUCCAUGAAGAGAAGGAAUUCCUUGCCGGUGGAGGAGGCUGGGGAGGUAGAGGCUGGCUGGGAGUCCGUGGUGGAGAAGAAGGAAUUCAAAGUGUGGAAAAGACCUAUUCCUGACAGUCAUCUCUAUGAAUACAGAGUGUUGGCCUCAUACAAUGACGUCACACCAAGACAGUUCUUCAAUGUUCAGUUGGACACGGAGUACCGGAAGACCUGGGACGCGCUGGUGAUCAAGCUGGAGGUGGUGGACCGCGACGCCAACACGGGCUCCGAGGUGGUGCACUGGGCCACGCACUUCCCUUACCCCAUGUACUCCAGAGAUUACGUGUACGUGCGCCGCUAUGAUGUCGACUGGGAGAACAACUUGAUGAUCCUCGUUUCCAGGGCCGUAGCCCACCCGCGGGCCCCCGAGACCCAGCAGUUUGUGAGGGUCCAUUCCUACCAGUCCAAGAUGGUCAUCCGUCCUCACAAGUCUUUUGACGAGAAUGGGUUUGAUUAUCUACUGACCUACAGCGAUGACCCCCAGACCGUGUUCCCCCGCUACUGUGUGAGCUGGAUGGUGUCCAGUGGCAUGCCUGACUUCCUUGACAAGCUGCACACGGCGGCGCUGAAGGCCAAGAACCUGGAGGUGGGGAUCCACGACUACACCAGCAGGCUGAAGCCCAAGGACGCCGGCCGGCAGCCCAGCCCGGAGCGCCUCGCCGGGGAGAACGCCCCGGGCCCCAUCUACGCUUGAUGUGGAGGUCACUGCAUUGGGGGGAGGGGGCAAGAGGAGAGGGGGGACACGCACUAGGAACACAAACAUAAACCUAGUUACAACAGGUUCAUCCAUUCAGUCUGUUGAACGGUGGAGGGGGGGGGGGGGG